CCGCGCGGCAGCCCGCCCUGCACGGCGGCGAAGUCUCAGAGUGGCAUCAGGUGCGACCCGGGACGCGACGUCGGGAGCGAGUGAGGUGCCGGCGAGUGAGGUGGACUGGACCCGGCGAAUAACGCGUCCUCUGGAGAAUGGCAAAGUCUGGCGCCGGCAACAUGCUCGCGGCGGUGCUGCUGCUCGCGGCGCUGGCGGCGCGCGGCGGGCUCGCGGCCUACCGGCCCAACAUCAUCGUCAUCGUGGGAGACGACUUGGGCUGGAACGACCUGAGCUUCCACGGCUCCGAUGAGAUUCCCACGCCCAACAUCGACGCCCUGGCGUACAACGGCGCCAUCCUUAACCAGCACUACGUGCAGCCCAUCUGCUCCCCCAGCAGGGCUGCCCUGCUCACCGGGAUGUACCCCAUCCACACGGGCAUGCAGGGCCAGCCCAUCCUGGAGUCGGAGCCCCGCGCGCUGCCGCUGGGCCACACGCUGCUGCCCGAGUACCUGCAGCAGCUGGGCUACGUGACGCACGGCAUCGGCAAGUGGCACCUGGGCUUCUACCGCAAGGAGUUCCUGCCCACCCGCCGGGGCUUCGACACCUUCCUGGGCUACUACAAUGGCAUCGUCAGCUACUACGACCACAUCUUGGAAGGCUCGUACCCGGGCUACGGCUGGCUGGGCGGCUACGACAUGCGGCGCAACGAGAGCGUCGCCUGGGACCUGCAGGGCCGCUACGCCACGGACGUGUUCACCGACGAGGCCGUCGACAUCAUCCGGGCGCACGACCAGCGACUGCCGCUCUUCAUGUACCUGGCGCACCUGGCCGUGCACGCGGGCAACGCGGGCAAGCUGCUCGAGGCGCCGCAGGAGGAGAUCGACAAGUUCCGGCACAUCGCCAACCCCAACCGCCGGACGUACGCGGCCAUGGUGUCCAAGCUGGACCAGUCGGUGGGCAGCGUGGUGGCCGCGCUGCAGGCGCGAGGCAUGCUCGAGAGCUCCAUCAUCCUCUUCAUGUCGGACAACGGCGCGCCCACCACCCAGGACCCCUACCCUAACUGGGGCUCUAACGCCCCCCACCGAGGGCAAAAGGGCACGCUCUGGGAGGGUGCGGUGAGGGGUGCGGCCCUGAUCUGGAGCCCACUGCUGAACCGCCGGCCGCGCGUGUCCUUCGAGCUGAUGCACGUGACCGACUGGCUGCCCACCCUGUACAACGCGGCGGGCGGCCGCCCCUACGACCUGCCGCCCGACCUGGACGGCGUCGACCAGUGGACCAGCCUCGCCAACGACCUGCCGUCGCGCCGGUCCGAGAUCCUCCUCAACAUCGACGAGCGGGCCAGGAACGCGGCCGUGCGCCAAAACAACUGGAAGCUCGUCAUCGGUCAGGCAGAGGGCGGCAAGUACGACGGCUACGUGGGCUCGUCCGGGUCCCGGACAGACCCGCCGUUCAACUUCUCGGCCGUGCUGAGCAGCCCCGCGGGCCGCUCGCUGGCGCAACACUCGGCGCGCUCCGGCUGGCCCGUGUCCCGCGAGUACGCCAUGGCGGGGCUGCGCGCGCGCGCCCAGGUGCGCUGCGGCCCCACGCUCGUCGCCAAGCCCUGCGACCCGGCCCCAACCGCCGACAAGCAGUGCCUGUACGACGUGCAGAACGACCCCUGCGAGAAGAACAACCUGGCCGACAUCUACCCGACGGUGGCGCGCGCGCUCAAGCGCACCCUGGUCCGCUACCGGGCGGGGCUGGUUCCGCAGCCCAACGCGCCCCUGGACCCCGCCGCCGCCGACCCCAAGCGCUUCGGCGGCGUGUGGUCGCCCUGGCAGGACGGGCCGCCGAGCGACGCGCUGCAGGAGGAGGCGCCCGCCACGCCGUCGGAGCAGGGCGACGCCGAGCAGCCAGCCGAGCAGCCCGCGGAGCAGCCCCCCGCGCCCGCCGAGGACAAGCCGGCCGCCGACAAGCAGACCCCCACCAAGCCACCCAAGGCCAGCAAGGCUGGCAACAAGUCGGGGGCCGGGCGACCAGCGGCCGCGCCAGCCAAGCCCAAGGAACCCGCGCCCGCCGAGGAGGAGGACGUCACCACGGACGACUCGUCCUGACCCCUCAGGAUCGCACUACGCACCGACCGCUCCGCCGAAAAGGGGUGACAAAGAAUUCGAUGACUGAACGAGAGGAGGGGGCAAAAGACAUCAUUUUGACAGUGGGAAACUCUACGUUUAAUGACAUUACUAUUAAAAAAAAUUAACAAGAAAAUGUGCACAAAAAUUCAUUGUUUUUACGCACUGACUUCUCUUAUCUGUGAUAAUAAUGUUUCUUUGUAAUGUUGUUUAGUUGAUAAAGUUAGGGAUUAGCACGCUAAGCUAAGGGGCUCCAAUUUUCUGCGAGCCCCCUCGUUCAAAACGUGUAUAGAGUACAUAUCACCCAGCUCCGUGACCGUAAAGGCUACAACGCACUCAACAUCGUGCCGCCAUUCUGUAACGAGUAACGACUUUCACUGCCAUAAUGAAACUGACAACGCCGCCCACGAGGCACGUUAUUUACACCUGUUUUGGGAGUGCAACUGGGUCGCAAAAGAUGGUGGCAGAUCAGUUUGCCGUGUUUGUUUCGUCAGCCCCAUCGUUAUAAACCUUUUUGAAGUUGAAGUUAUCUACGAUGAUGCGGCCCAAAAUUAAGAAACAUCAUGUGGCUGUGGGUCCUGGAUUCACCAAAGAUAACUAUUGCAGUGUUUUGCUGUUUCAUACAUAAUGAGUCCCUUUCAAUUUAUUUAAAAGGUUUGCUCGAAGUGAAAAAGAAUGGACGUCAAAGUUCCACAAUAAUAUUUCGUAAUAAUUCCAUGCAAAAUAUAGCGGUAAUAAGUUAUGUAUUUCCAUUUGAUGGCAGCCCAAGCCUCACCAUAGUAGUAUUUAUUUUUUGAAAGAAUUAACGCACUUGAACCAUGUACAGACCUAAUUCGUAGCAGCACCGUAAAAAAAUUAAUAACUUACCUGUACAAAGUA